GCAGCCGCUUUCACACGAACGUCAAAUCGGCAUUUCGGCCAGUUGUGUGCCGCAUCAGAAAGUAGAAAGGAAAGAUCACCGAAAAAUCUGUGCGCGUUGUUAUCAGUGACGUGUAAAUAUACUGUCCAAGCUAGCGGUUGUACAUAUCCGGAUUUUCCUUCGAAAUCCUCGGAACAAUGGACCUCGCACAAAGCCGGAGUCGAAAACACACCGCCGUGGUUAAAAAGCAAGGAGAAUCCAAAUCCUGGCGAGUACACAUCGCCUUGGGUUUAUUUUUGGUGAUUCUGUGGCUGUCUUUUCCAACGCUUUGUUCUGGGCAUUACGAACACGAUCAUCAUCAUGACCACCAUCAUGGUCACGAUGAAAAUCCAAGUUUCAAAUACUCGCGACAAGCAAACGAAAUAUAUCAGGAUGAAAGUCAUGAUCAUCAUCAUCACCAUGAUCACGAUCAUGGACACCACCAUGAUGAUCACCACCACCAUCAUAUCCAUGAAGAUAAUACACCGAAGUCUAAGGAUAAGCCGAAAGUCGACACCUUCUACAUAUGGGUCCAUUCCCUUGGAUCAACUUUGCUAAUCAGCGCCGCGCCGUUUUUCAUUCUCUUUGCCAUCCCGCUGGAUAACACUGAGGAGAUGCAACCUCGGUUGAAGACCUUACUGGCCUUUGCCUCCGGGGGUCUGCUAGGUGAUGCUUUUCUUCAUUUGAUUCCCCAUGCAAUUCAACCGCAUUCCCACGGCGAAGACGGGCAUAGCCACGGACAUGGGCACGGUCACAGUCACGGCGGAGAAGGACAUGAUGGACACGGGCACGAUAUGCGCGUAGGUUUGUGGGUGCUGGCUGGAAUAAUCGUGUUUUUGGCAGUUGAAAAAGGCGUUCGGUUAAUCAAGAAGGAUGCUGGCGGACAUGGUCACAGUCACGGAGGCGCUUCGCAUAAGGAAAAGGCAUCCCCACCAGCUUCGCCUUCGAAAAAGGAUAGUAAAAAGGCAACUGACAAAAAAGGCAAAAAUGACAAGAAGAAAACAGAAGCGGAAAACGCCAAGGCUAAGGGUAAAGCCGUUAAGAAAGAACCCAAGAAGGACCAAAUCAAAAUUGCCGGGUACCUUAAUCUGGCUGCGGAUUUCACUCAUAACUUCACGGACGGCCUGGCCAUCGGUGCUUCCUAUCUGGCCGGCAAUAGUAUCGGCAUCAUCACCACCAUUACGAUCCUGCUGCAUGAAGUUCCUCACGAGAUUGGCGAUUUUGCCAUCCUGGUAAAAUCCGGCUGCUCCAAAAAGAAAGCCAUGUUGCUGCAGCUGACCACGGCCGUCGGUGCCUUGGCCGGAACGGUCCUAGCUUUGUUGGGUAGUGGUAGCGAUGCCGCCGAAUCGUGGGUGCUUCCGUUCACUGCCGGUGGGUUCAUUUAUAUUGCAACGGUUUCCGUCAUUCCGGAACUGCUGGAAGAGUCUACGAAGCUUUGGCAAUCGCUGAAGGAAAUCACCGCUUUGUUGGCCGGCGUCGGGAUGAUGGGAACAUGCUUGAAAGCCAUAGAAGAAACUAUUGAACGUUGAAAAAAUCGCCGAUUAUGUUAGUGCAAUAAGUUGAUUUUAAUCCAGUUGUUCUGUUUAUUAGUUAAUUAAGUAAAUAAAAUAUGUUUAUAUUUUAUCAUUGCGGAAGAAUAAAGUAUUUUGGCCUCAAGUA